UCUCUGAAUCUUGUUCGAAUAACAUCCCCUGCAUUACUCUUUCUUUCUCUCUCUCUCUCUCGUGAUUGUUCUUCCAAAGAGAAAGAGAAAGAAAUAUAUAUAUAUAUAUGUAUCACCAUUGAUACCUAUGUCAUAAAUUAGCAGACACACUUUUCCACGUUGAGAUAGAGUUUUGUAACUAUUGCAUCUUCAAUGGCGGAAGGGGUGUUGCAAUUCAAUGUGGCGUCAAUGGUGGAAAAUUUGCUUCAACAGCAUGGAAAGAGGCUCCAUGACAUUGAUUUGGCCUCAAGAAAAGCCCAGGAAGCUUCAUUGAGGAGAUAUGAAGCGGCUGGCUGGUUAAGGAAGAUGGUAGGUGUGGUUGCAGGGAAAGAUUUGCCAGCUGAGCCGUCUGAAGAACAUUUUAGAGUUGGCUUGCGAAGUGGUACUAUACUUUGCAAUGUACUUAACAAGGUCCAUCCUGGUGCUGUGGCAAAAGUAGUUGAGGCACCACUGGAUACUGUUAUUAUCCCUGAUGAAAAUGUUAGGAACUUCCUUGCAGCUAUAGAGGAAAUGGGGAUUCCAACUUUCGAAGUCUCUGACUUGGAACAGGGAGGGAAGUCUUCCAGAAUUGUGAAUUGCAUCCUGGCACUCAGAUCAUACCACGAAUGGAAACAAUGUGGCGGAAAUGGACUCUGGAAAUUUAGUGGAAACACAAAGGGCCCUUCUGCAGGGAAGCAGAUGGACAGGAAAAAUUCUGAUCCGUUAGUGAAUUCUAUCUCAAGGACAUCCACUGGGGAAAAUCUUGAUAGUUUGUCGAAUGGGGAGAACUCAUAUGGUGAUCUUGUGGAGGACUUUGACGAAGUGGAUACCUCUAAUACCUUGCAGAUUCUAGUUCGCGAACUUCUUUCUGAUAAGACUCGAGAAGAUAUUCCAGUGAUUGUAGAACAGAUGUUAACUAGAGUUGUGGAAGAAUUUGAUCAGAGGCUGGCAAGCCUGAAGGAACAGGUCAGAACAACUCCGCAAGAAGAGGGUGUCCCAAGUUCCCACGAGUUUCGGGAGAUAGAGAUCCCUAGCAAAAUGAAAGAAGAGAGUUGCUCUAAGAUGGAGAUCCCUAAUGAAAUCAAAGAAGAGAGUUGCUCUGAGAUGGAGACCCCUAAUGAAAUGGAAGAAGAGAGUUACUCUGAGAAGGAGAUCCCUAAUGAAAUGAAAGAAGAGAGUUGCUCUGAGAUGGAGAUACCUAACAAAAUGCAAGAAGAGAGUUGCUCUGCGACGGAUUGUGACAAUGGCAUAUCAAAAGACCCUUUCUUGAAGCAUCAUGAAUUUGUUGAAUGCCAGCAAAAGAGUAUACAGAAACUGAAGAAUAUGCUUCAUUCUGCAAAAGAAGAAAUGAAAAUGCUGCAAAUGAAGCAUCAAGAAGAGUUUAACAAUCUAGGUAAACACCUGAAUACCCUAGCACAUGCAGCUUCAGGAUACAAAAAGGUUCUUGAGGAGAACCGUAAAUUAUACAAUCAAGUCCAAGACCUCAAAGGAAAUAUAAGGGUCUACUGCCGAAUACGACCUUUUCUUCCUGGGCAGGCAAAUCGUUUGAACCCUGUAGAAGAUGUAGACGAAAGAACUAUUGAAAUAUCUGCUACCUCAAAAAAUGGAAAAGGGAAGAAAUCAUUCACUUUUAACAAGGUUUUUGGUCCCUCUGCAAAGCAAGAAGAAGUAUUUGCAGACACCCAACCUCUGAUUCGGUCAGUCCUUGAUGGUUAUAACGUUUGUAUAUUUGCUUAUGGUCAAACUGGAUCAGGAAAAACUCAUACAAUGACAGGACCAAAGGAACUUACACAAGAAAGUAUGGGAGUAAAUUAUAGAGCAUUGAAUGAUUUAUUUCUAAUCACAGAACAGAGGAAGGACACGAUUUCUUAUGAUAUCUCUGUUCAGAUGAUUGAAAUCUACAAUGAGCAAGUCAGAGAUCUCCUUGCUACAGAUGGUGGCAAUAAAAAAUUGGAAAUACGCAACAAUACCGCGAACGGCAUUAAUGUUCCAAAUGCAAACCUUCAAACUGUGAAAUCACCUUUAGAUGUCAUCAAUUUGAUGAACCUUGGGCAUAAAAAUCGUGCAGUUGGUUCUACGGCUAUGAAUGAUCGAAGCAGCCGUUCUCACAGUUGUCUCACAGUUCAUGUCCAAGGCAGAGAUUUGACAUCUGGCGCAGUUCUUCGUGGUUGUAUGCAUCUGGUUGAUCUGGCAGGAAGUGAAAGACUUGAUAAAACAGAAGCCGUUGGCGAUAGAUUGAAGGAGGCUCAACAUAUUAAUAAGUCUCUUUCUGCUUUAGGAGAUGUGAUAGCCUCUCUUGCCCAAAAGCAGACACAUGUUCCCUACAGAAACAGUAAACUAACACAGUUGCUUCAAGAUUCACUAGGAGGACAAGCAAAGACUCUAAUGUUUGUUCACAUCAGUCCAGAGUAUGAUGCUCUUGGAGAAACACUUAGCACUCUUAAAUUUGCGGAACGUGUUUCAACCGUUGAGCUUGGUGCUGCUCGAACAAACAAAGAUAAUACUGAUGUCAAGGAACUCAAAGAACAGAUAGCUAGUCUUAAAGCAGCCUUGGCACGGAAAGAGGGUGGAGAAUCUGAUGCCCCUCAACAUUCCAGACCUAGCAGUCCUGAUCCACAGAGAUUCAUGUCUUCUGGAUCAUCUCCAUCACAUUCUUCUUGGAAUAGUCCUGAAGAUUCCUGUAAGGCAGAGGAACAAAAUAACUCCUCAUCACCGUCAAGAAGGCACAGCCUUGAUCCCCAAGACCUGAUGAAUUCUCCUUCUUGGCCACCACUUAGCAGUAGUCCUAGCUUAACACCAGUUGAAAAAGGUGUCUCUCGUGAUUGGGUUGAAAAAGUUUUGAAGAAUAAGUCAGAAAAAUCUCCAAGCAAGAUUCCAGAACGUAGAAGGCAUAGCCUGGAUAAUGGAUUAGCUAGGACUAAGUAUCAGCAAGUAGCCAUCGACGACUCAGACGACCAUGAAGUUGCAACUAGUGAUUCUUCAGAGCCAGAUAACCAGGGCCAAUUCAAUAUUUCUAAAUCCAGCAGCUUGCCAAAUGUAAUAGGAUCAAAACUCAUAAAACCUAGUCCAAAGUCAACAAGGAGCCAAGAAAUGAGGAGCCUAAUUCCUCCGCCAACUCGGAAAGUGUCAAGUGGGGUUCAGUCUUCUUUGCAGAAGACUGUGCGGCAACCAACUUCUGCUGCCGCGAGGCGAAAACCAGUCGGUGGAAAGUAAGAACAGCACUAGUAACUCACUUUUGGUUGGAAUACAUCAAAAAACCAGAUUAAAUCUUGCUCUGAAUGUUGCCAUUUUGAGCAAUCUGAUUUUACUGCAAAUAGUUACUUAAGUUUCCAAUGAUCCAAAGGCAUGUAAAAAUAGAAUGCCGGUAGUUCUCACUGCCACUUUGCUGCUUUCUUUGUUUUUCUUUUUUUUCUUGGCUGGGGGGAUGGUUAGAGUGGUGAUCAUAGCUUUGGAUGUCCCACUGAUGGAAGGUGGUGGUGUUGAUGGUCUGUUGUGAGUCUUUUUCAUUUUUUUACCUAUUGUUGUGAUUCUUUUACUGUAGAGAAGAGCAUAUAUAAUGAAAGAUGUUCAUCCA